AACGAAUGACGCGCGUACGUCGUGCAGGCCUGCGUGACGCGCGAGUCAAAAAAAAUCAACGGGUGUUUUAGCAUUAAUGAACGCUUUGCGAGAUCCCUCGCGGUUUCCACGCCGCGAAAUGUUUGAGGAGAUGUCAGUGGAGAGGAACUGGACGGACACCGAGACCAGGGCUCUGCUGUACAUCCGACAGGACGAAGAAAUCAGCAGGCAAAUCAGCGGGACCGUUCGCGACUCGCUAAUAUACGCCGAAAUCUCGAGGCUCCUCCGGGCUCAGGGGAUCCACAGAACCAAGCGGCAGGUCACAACCAAGCUGAAAACACUCAAGCAGAAGUUCCUGAAAAUACACGAGCACCACAAAAACAGCGGGCACGGGAGAGUGUACUGGAAUUACUAUGAUCUCUGCAAGUCUAUCUGGGGCAGCGGAAGACCCACGAACACUUCAGCACUUCAUAAUAACAAUAAUAACACAGUGAAACUCGAAGAGCCCCAAAGUACAUCCAUUGAAGACGCCAGAAAUGAGAGCAGAUCCACGGAUAUUGAGGUGUCCAUCAGUCAUGACGAGGAGACCGACGACCUGACAGAAGUUAGUAUCGCUCCGCCUGUGAAGAAGAAGGCCAGAACUCAUUCGUCUGUGGAGCGUGUGCGCGAUGAAGAGCCUCUGCUUGUGCAGAACCAGAGGGAGUUUGAGGAGCGUUGGCGACGGGACGCCAGAGAGGAAAACAAGGAGGAACGGGCCAGUCUGAUGACCAUGUGGAAGGAGAUGAUGGAGUUUCAAGGAAACCUCUUAAAGGAGUUUAUUCAUCGCUCGUCCUCAUCUACCUCUCUGCCUUCACUUCCAUCUUACAGCAGGCCUGCUCACCACAAUCAAGGACCAUCUACAUUUCCCAGCACCAGUUACAUGGCACCGUACACCUCGCCAGAAGCCGAAACGGAGAAUGAGAGUGUGAUCUCGCAUGAGGAUGACGAAGAGGAGGAAGAGGAGAAAUACGUCAUAACAGCUCCGAUUGCCCCUGUGCUGGACUCUCAGCCUGCAAACCAUGUAAACGACAGCCAAUCAAAGCCCACAGAGACGCUUACACCUGCGGCCACACAGACAUCAGGACAGAGCGAUCUGCAGACGUCAGUGCUGCGCAGACAAGAGCGAGUCCUGCAGCUUCAGGAGGAGUAUUAUUCUCUCAAAAUCCAGCAUCUCAAACACAAGAUCAGCAGAGACGCUCAACAGCACAGUUAGUGCUUUCAUUCAUUACUUCCACUGUCAAAAUGAUCAGCACCCUUGGGAAAUGUGAGCAAAGAAGGCUGUGGACAAAAAUAGGAUUGAUUGUCCUUUCAUUUCUAUGAAAUGUGAGGGUUUGUGAAACAGAUUUGUUUUAAAUAAAAGAGCAUUUAAAAGUUUGUAUUUGCCAAGGGUGCCAAUAAUUUUGAUCACAUAUAUAGCUCAAGUCAGAAUUAUUAGCCCUCCUAUAUAAUUUAUUCCCCAAUAUCUGUUUCAUUGAGAGAUUUUUUUUUAACACAUUUCUAAACAUAAUAGUUUUAAUAACUCAUUUUUAAUAACUAAAUUUAUCUUCGUCAUGACCGUACAUAAUAUUUUACUAGACAUUUUUCAAGAUUCUAGUAUUCAGCAUAAAGAGACAUUUAAAGGCUUAACUAGGUUAACUAGGCAAGUCAUUGUAUUUCAAUUCAAUUCACCUUUAUUUGUAUAGCGCUUUUACAAUGUAGAUUGUGUCAAAGCAGCUUCACAUAGAAGAUCAUAGUAAAUUCAGUUCAGUUUUCAGUGUUUAAGUUCAGUUUAGCUCAGUUCAGUGUGGUUUAAUAAUCACUACUGAGAGUCCAAACACUGAAGAGCAAAUCCAACGAUGCGCAGCUCUACAGAUCCCGAACUAUGCAAGCCAGUGGUGACAGCGGCGAGGAAAAAACUUCACCAAUUGGCGAAAGUGAAGUAUUAAAAAACCUCGAGAGAAACCAGACUCAGUUGGGCACGACCAUUUCUCCACUGGCCAAACGUGGUAUAACAGUGGUUUGUUCUGUAGACAAUUAAAAAAAAAGGCUAAAAGUGGGCUAAUAAUCAGGGUUUCUGCGGGGUCUUAAAGUCUUAAUGUCCUAAAUCUCAAAAUCAAAAUUUUAGGCCUUUAAAAAGUCUAAGAUGAACUGAAAUGUUGUGUUGUAGGUAUUAAAUCUUUUUUUAAAAUGGGUUUUAAUUUUCCUUUGUUCAUGUAUAGCUAUCCAAUCUUGCCUAUACAACCCAUAGAAUCACCAAAAAUCCAUCUCAAUAAAACAUAAAACUUUAAACUUUUUUUUUUUUAAAGAGGUCAUUUUUAACUCCAUUUACCAAAAUGGUUUAAUAUUUUUUCUUGUAAUAACAUAUGUUUAAAAGUGCUCCAUGUAUUUACUGCUGAGGAC